AUGGGACCCAACACUUCCAUGGUAUUUGCAGGUAUUGAGUUAGACACAGUUCAAGGCGAGUGUCGACUGCCACAGGAUAAACUGUUGCGUUGUCGCAGCUUGAUUGAUACUUUCUUAGUAAGGAGAAAGGUGAUGCCCAAGGAAAUUCAGUCUUUGGUGGGGACCUUAAAUUUUGCAUGCAUCGUGGUAGUUCCAGGCCGGGCAUUUUUGCGUAGGUUAAUUGAUUUGACAAAAGGCAUAAAGAAACCAAAUUUUUAUAUCCGGUUGACCAAAGAGGUUAAAGCAGACCUUCUUGUGUGGAAGCAGUUUUUGGAUAGUUAUAAUGGGAAGACACAUUUUAUGGAUGCUAUCUGGCAUUCGUCCGAAUCUCUUUGUUUGUUCACAGAUGCAGCAGGGUCACUGGGGUACGGUGGCAUUUUUAGUUCUCAUUUGUUUUUUGGGGAGUGGCCAGCUGACUGGGAAGUUCUUAAUAUUGCAGUCUUGGAGUUAUUUCCAAUCAUGCUGGCUCUUGAAGUGUGGGGGCAUUAUCUCAGUAACAAGCAGUGUUGUUGUCGGCAAAGGAAGGACCUGAUGGUUUUA